CUACUGAGGGACGUCAGGAAACUGAAGCACAGCCACCUUCUCACUCAGCUUUCAGAAUCAUGAUGGAGCUUUCAUAUCAAUCCAUGAAAGUCGCCCACCAAGCCCGGGAAGCGGAUGAGCUGAGGACUGAGAUGAGGAGGAAGAGUAUCCUCAUCCUCAUAUACCAACACCUACUGGGUCAAGGCUACGUGUCUGCAGCAUUGGCCUUGGACCAGGAGACUAAUGGAGGUGUGAGGAGCUUCGAGGUUUGUGAUAACAUUGAUCUGGAGAUGGUGCUGAUGGACUACGAGAGUUAUCACUACGUCAAAUUCCAGAGAUAUCCCAAACUUAUCAGGAGAAUAGCAGAACCAGGCGAAAAAAGAAACACAAGAAGUGGUGGAGUAAAGAGGAGUCCCUGUUCGGCUGGGAAGCCUCUUCCUAAAAUCAACCAGUCCCCGAGCCCACAGUCUGGAUUUGGAGCCAAGAGGAAUGCUUCAUGUUCCCAUACAAAUGAGAACGUCUCUUCUGGUCCUCUAGAGUCGUCAGAUUUUGGUCUCAACGUUUCUUCCAUCAGAAAUGGACCAGCUGGUGAGGAAGCCAUGAACAGAAAGGAACGGCUUCUGAAGCCCCUCAGUGGCUUCUCUGGAAUGAGCAGUGAGAUGAGCGAACUUACCGCAAUCAUUACCAGGGACAUCUAUUUGCACAGCCCCAACGUGCGGUGGGAGGACAUCAUCGGCCUGGAAGACGCCAAGCGAUUAGUCAAAGAGGCCGUCGUCUAUCCCAUUAAGUACCCCCAGCUGUUUACAGGCAUCUUGUCUCCGUGGAAAGGCUUGUUGCUCUACGGCCCGCCAGGCACAGGUAAGACGCUGUUGGCCAAGGCCGUGGCUACAGAGUGCAAGACGACCUUCUUCAACAUUUCAGCCCCCAGCAUCGUCAGCAAGUGGAGAGGAGACUCCGAGAAGCUGGUCAGGGUUCUGUUUGAGCUGGCCAGGUACCACGCCCCGUCCACCAUCUUCCUGGAUGAGCUGGAGUCGGUGAUGAGCCAGAGAGGAACCAGCAUGGGAGGAGAGCAUGAGGGAAGUCGCAGGAUGAAGACCGAGCUGCUGCUUCAGAUGGACGGACUGGCGAGUUCCGAGGACCUCGUGUUUGUACUGGCUGCCUCCAACCUGCCAUGGGAACUGGACCAAGCCAUGCUGAGGAGGUUAGAGAAGAGGAUUUUAGUAAGCCUGCCCUCCUCGCCAGCUCGCCAAGCCAUGAUCUCUCAUUGGCUGCCUCCUCUCAGCUCCACAGGAGGGGUGGAGCUACGAACUGAGCUGGACUACGAAGCUCUGGCGAAGGAGAUGGAGGGUUACUCUGGUUCUGAUACAAGACUGGUGUGCAAGGAGGCCGCCAUGAGGCCAGUUCGCAAGAUCUUUGAUGCUCUGGAGUCGCAUAAGGAUGGAGACACCGACAUGCCUGCCAUUCAGCUGGAAACUGUGACCACAGCCGACUUCCUGGAAGUCAUCACGCACACCAAACCCUCUGCCAGGACCCUGGUGGACAGAUAUGCAGCCUGGGAGAGAGAGUACGAGUCUGUUUGACAGGCAGACACUUUUUGAGAAAGGACUUGAAUACUGACGCAUAAUCAGCAUAUCUGACCGGGGAAGUUUUGUUUUCUGUACUAACUGUUGUUAGUGGGAGCCAGGGUAAGGUUGUGCUCUUUGUUGGGGCUUUUUUAAAUAACUUAUUUCAAGGUCACACACAUUACAUAAAGAAAAGUUUAACAUAAUUUAAUGAAUUCAAAAUAUGUUCCGUGUUCAUCAGUCAAAAAUGGUGCCACCCCUUAAAAUAUAUAUACCUUGAAUUCAGCAGAAUUUUGAGAAUGAGCUUGAAUUUUUGUCUAUCUUUUGGCAUAGGUGGGGAAAAAAAAGAGACUAAUUUAAAUAGCAAAAACAAGAUAUUUUGAACCAGCGCUACUAAUUAGUAUGCAAUCUGUGAUUGUAUUUGUUAUGAAGUCUAUGCAGACUGUAGUUUUUCUGUACAAUGUUCAUAUACACAAUGAAGGAAUAAACAGAAACAACUGA